AUGACGACCAUCCCUGAACUAUCAGUCUACACCAUGCAACAAAGAUAUCUACAACCCUAUGACGACGACACUCUGGUCGAAGAGAUUCCACCUACAAAUGCCGAGGUGGGAAUUGUGCCAUUUGAUGAUCUGGAACUGGUGGCCGAAAGUCAGCCUCCUUGCGAUACCUGGAAGAACUGCGUCUUAUCAUAUAAGAUGAUAGUCCAGGGCUAUGACAAUGAAAUCCUGACCCAUGAAGGACAGUUGCAAACGAAUUUCGUACCGGGCAUGUCUACCGCCAUUUGCAUGACUUCAAAUCUGAAUUUUGAACCCCACAUGACUCCCGAAGACGUGCAACGGGUCACUUUGGCUGCUUUGGUUCGUGACCGUCCUCCUCCUGAGGUGGACGAGGAGUCUGACAAUGAGCUAUGUGCACGUCAGAGUAUGGCCAUCUACGAAAGAUACAAGGGCCGAAUGAGCGAAUUGUGGCGCGACAUGCCUGAAUUGCCAUUAUUUGAAGAUGGAGACAGCAAGACUACUCCUAAGGCUUCUUCUGAAGAUGAUCCCUCAACUUAUGCCGAUGGGUACCAGAACGAGGCAGGCGCUACUGCGAACGAUUCCCAAAACGAGAACGAUGGUAUAGGAUAUCAGGGUGUCGAUAAUUCUCUUCUUCCAGGAUGUGACCCAAGCUCAGACUCGCAUUAUUCAGAUUCAGACAGACCAUGUACAUCGCAUUCAAUAUCUGGUGGAGAAGCUGUAAAGAGAACCCAGAUGCUCAAAGACAGACGACUCUGGAAACGAGCCAACGAACCCCAGUUCAUCACUUGCACUUCUUGUCCCCGAAAGAGCUUCAAAAGUCUCGCCAAAUACGCGAAACAUCUUGACACCCACCAUAGUGGACUCUCCAACGAACACUUGUGUCCUUCUAAGACCUGCCCAAGAUCGAUUGUUGGCUUCAGUACUGCUGUUGGAUGUUCUCAACAUUUCAACAUCUGUCACAGAAACCAUGACAGGAUAUUCGAACUCAAGUGCAGAAAGUGGUAUCUGAAGAGAUGGCGGCUAAAACCCGAGAUACCCUGUCUGUCAAUGUAUGUGUUCAUGGUAGACAUUUAG